AUGACGCUCCCAGCAAGGAUUAUAACCACUCUUUCUCUUUCUCUCUCUCUCUCUCUCUCUCUUUCUCUCUCUCUCUCUCUCUCAUUAUCUCUACUGCUGUUAAUUUUUCUCGCUUUCUUUCUCCUUUCUUUCAUUCUCUUUUCCCUUUUAUUCUCCUUUCUCUUCUUUCUUUCUCAUUCUCCUUUCUUUCUCUCUUUUAUUCUCCUUUCUUCCUUUAUCUCUUUUUCCUUACUUUCUCUUUCUUCUUUCUCUCUUUCAUUCUCCUUUCUUUCUUUCUCUCUUUUAUUCUUCUUUCUUCCUUUGUCUCUUUUUCCUUACUUUCUCUUUCUUCUUUCUUUCUCUCUUUCAUUCUCCUUUCUUUCUUUGUCUCUUUUUCCUUACUUUCUCUUUCUUCUUUCUUUCUCUCUUUUAUUCUCCUUUCUUUCUUUGUCUCUUUUUCCUUACUUUCUCUUUCUUCUUUCUUUCUCUCUUUCAUUCUCCUUUCUUUCGCCUUUUCUCUUUUCCUUCCUUCCACUUUCUUUAUCUCUUUCUUUCUUCUCCUUUCUCUCUGAAUUUCUGUACCUUCCGUCUGUGGGUGAUCAUAGCUCUCCACUAUUUCCUGUUUUUCUGUUGCUUUCCUUUUUGUCUCCUCUUUGUUGUGGGCUUUCUUCUGCCAUCCAUUAA